UGCAAGGGAAAAGGAGCGCAGUAUUUAGAAAUUAUUCAGUUUUACCUACUGUCGCCCCGGGAAUUGUUAAGGAAUUGCACACUUCAUUAAAAAUAUCCAGCCGAUCCGACACCGCUGGUCACUGUGGCGCUGGACUGCUACCAGUCAAUCUCCCUGAUUAUGUUUAUGGAUAAAAUAGACCCCACAGCCUGAAUCUAACAUUGACAUUAAGGGGUGACUUUCAGAAGACACAAGGUUAAAAUCCCAACUACUAGCUGCUGACAAGGGCUUCAGCCCCUCCCAUUUCACCUUAGCCCCACAACGGCGCCACUUACGGGUCAGAGUCCCAUGAACUUCAACGAGACGGUGGCAGUUUCCUGUCUAUAAAUAGAAGAAACGAGGAAGCAGCCAGAACAGGUUCGGGUUGCAGCCGAACGGGCUCACCUGUGUUUACUUCGCUAGCUGUGUAGAGUUGAAGGCUUGCGUGAAGCGCAAUGGACGGAACUGAGAAGCUCCGGGUGAUCGACUACGUGCUAAUUUACGAGGACAACGAUGAUCACUUGUUCGCGAGGGAGCGAAUGGAGUUUCUGCGCGAAGUUAAAAAGACUGGACUCUGCCUGGUCCCCGACGUGACCGAGCGGACCGGGGGAAACACAGAGGUAGAAGACGACGCAAACAGGCGGAAAGAACGGAGACACUCAAAACAGAUUAUUAAGAUCUUCGCCCCGUUUAAUGUACUGAGCCAAGCAGCUGAAAAAAUGAGAUUAAAAAUGCCCUUGGAUAUAGAGGUUACAAAGAUAUCAGCAAUGAACAGGGAUACAAGAAGAUCAACAGUUAUCCUAAAAACAAUGCUGAAGUAUUUGGAGACAGAUGAUGAAGCCGACUAUUUUAGUGCGCCUUAUAAACAUGACAAGCGAAACCUAUUCAAAGGAGCUGCUGACGAGACCACAUUUUUUCGACCAGCUGUGAGAUCUCUAAUUGUUAAUUAUAUUCUAAAUGGGAUCCAAAUGCCCCGAGAAUGCCACAAAGUUAAAGAGGAACUUAAUGAAGAUGUAGAAAUGCAGUGUUUUGUCCAGCCAAGGAACGUAAGGAAAGAUCUUGUGACUGAUGGAAAAACAAAAUUGAUUUGCAGUCUACCAUAUUUGUUGAUGAAGAAAGCAUUUACGUCUGCAUUCACACUGCAUGAAGGACCCGAACCUAACUUUAAAAUGAAUAUCAGUGCAUCUUCAACACAAGGAAGUGCUGGUCAUCACAACAGCUGGACGGAUCUUAAUAUUCUGUGGGCUAAUGCUUACAGAUUUCAACCAUUAUGGAAGAUUAGAAACUAUUUUGGUGAAAAGAUUGCAUUUUAUUUUGCUGUGAUGGAAGUGCUUUUACUCCUCUUAAUUGUACCUGCACUCGUUGGCUUGGCUAUUUUCGGUUAUGGCCUUUAUUACAGUGUUUCCUGUAACAAGGCCAUCAGUAAUAUUAACACAUUCUUGCAUGGGUUUAGUUGUAACUUGGUCUGUUCAACUCCAAGUAUGGUCCCAGAAGUUGCCGAAAGAGCAGUGAAUCUGAUCAGGUCUGUAUGUGACAAUAUUGCUCAAAGGAAGAGGAAUAUUGAACAAAUAAUAAAUGGGACAUGUGCUUUUGAGAACCACUAUAAUUGUACUUUUCAGGUGCUGCCAGAUGAUAUCUUCACUGUGUUCAACUCUUCUUUUGACAAUCAUGCUUCUCCAGCAUUUGGAUUUUUCAUUUGUUUUUGGGGGACAAUAUUUUUGGAAUUCUGGAAGAUGAAGAAUGCAGAACUUGUGUAUGAGUGGGAUGUUGAAGACUAUGAAAGUGAUGAACUAGUGAGACCUGAAUUUUACGGAACAGAGCCGGACCCAAUCACAGGUGAACCUGAAGCCUUCUACUCACCUUGCAGACAACACCUAAAAUAUGUGCUUUCAUUUUCAGUGGGAAUUCUAAUGGUGGGCUGGGUAUUCAUCAGCGUCUUGGCAGUGGUCAUUUAUAAAACCUGGGCUAGAUUUCGAGUGACAGAGUCCAACUCGUUCGAAUAUUUUCUCUUAACUACUGUUGUUAGUUCGUUACUUAAUGCAUUAUCCAUUUCAGUAAUGGGAAAAAUAUAUCAGUUGAUCGCAGUUAAAAUGACCAAAUGGGAAAACCACAGGACUCAGACUGAAUAUAAUGAUGCCCUGAUAUUAAAGUUAUUUGCCUUCCAGUUUGCCAAUAGUUACUCACCUCUGUUUUACAUUGCAUUUCUGAGACCGAACAACGAGCAGAUGUUCACAUCAAUUAAUUUGCCUGGAUUGGAGGACAACUGUGGACAGCUGAACAAUUGCAUGGUGGAACUUAGUUUUCAAGUACUUACAUUAAUAAUCACAGAAACACUUCCAAAAUUUGUAAACGAUAAUAUUGUACCAUUGCUUAAAGGCAUGAUGAACAGAUGGUGUGGCAAAAGCAAAAUACUCUCUGUGAAAGACUGUAACAAUAUAGAUGAGUAUAUUUUGCUGGAAGACAGGAAACCAGAUCUUGGAGACUUCACUUUGGAGGAGUACACUGUAAAGGUCAUCCAGUAUGGCUACAUGAUGCUUUUUGCUGCUUGUUUCCCACUGGGACCUUUGGUUUUCUUACUAACCAUCUGGUUAGACAUGCAUUUGGACGCCAAACGACUGCUGCGGAUAUACAAACGCCCCAUUGCUCAUAUGGCUCAAGACAUUGGUCACUGGUUCACAAUUUUGGAUGUAAUUAAUUGUGUGGCGGUGGUGACCAAUGGCUGCCUCAUUGUAUUCACUUCAGAAUCUGGGAGGGAGAAGCCUUUUUAUGAAAAACUUCGCUGUCUGAUUAUAUUUGAGCAUGCUUUGUUUAUAGUGAAAUUUCUGCUGUCAACAUUCCUGCCAGGCAUUUCCAAAAGAAUAAAAGAAGCAAUAAGAAGGGAAAAAUAUGAAGCACAAAAGAUAAUGGAAGCUAAAACACAAUAAAUCCUACAACAAUAAUAAACAGAGUAAACGGAGUAGGAGCUAGAGGAACAGACUCCCUCCUUUGAGAGUGACACCUUGAUGUGACUGUCUGCAAACUCACUCCUGAAACCUCUCGACCCCUUCCCCCCCCAACUCUCCCUCAGCUUUUUCACCCACAGCACUGUCCUGUUGAGUGGUAAGGUACCAUUUUGUUGUUAAAUGAGUACUUCCACAAAUCUUUCAAUGUGAAUUAAAUGUUUAUGGUUAAAACCACAGAAUGAAGGUGUUUGUCCUGACGAAGGGUCUCGGCCCGAAACGUCGACAGUGCUUCUCCCUGUAGAUGCUGCCUGGCCUGCUGCGUUCCACCGGCAUUUUGUGUGUGUUGCUUGAAUUUCCAGCAUCUGCAGAUUUCCUAGUGAAUGAAGAUGUUUGUUAAAUUUCUGUAAUUGCUACAAUAAAUUAUUGAUUAACGACAUACACUGCAGUUAUAAAGAUUCUGAGGCUGGGGCAAGAGAUGCUCUUUCUCUGUACACUGCUAUCAGUACAGCACUUUUCUGCAUGUAAUAUUUGACCAGUGUUGACUAUUGUACAUUUGUAACUGUGCCAAUGACCUUGGAUAUAAACGAUAAAUCAUUUUGAUAGUGUGGAUGUCUUAAAUUAAUGUUUGUAGUUCUACUACUUCAGAAUAAAUCAGUGAUUUUGUAUCAAAUGUAGCUUUAAAAUGCCUUUAUUUAUUACAUGUUGAACAAAGUAAUCUUUUUGCAGAGAUCUAACAUACAUAUUUGGUGAUUGGCUCAUUCCAAAGAGAACAACAUAUGUAAAGUACAAGUCUGAUUAUUACAAAGCUCUUCUGAAUACCUGUGAUGUAAAACUUUCUCUGCAAUGUUUUAGCAUGUUAUUCUGUCAAAACCUUUCUGUACUGACUGGGAGGAAGAAAUAGCCUCCAGAAGCUGCUGGGAUACGCCAUUAAUUGAAGCAUUCAAAGGAUAUUUGAAGCUUUAUGACAGAUAGAGGUAUGAAUUGCUCUCAGCUCAGUGUUUCUAGUAAAGCCAAAGUUUAAUGUUUAAAUUUUCUAAUAGAAUUAAGUAAAAGUUUAAUGAAUUACUUAUUAUUAAAAAAAAGGAUGCUGAGGUCAGAUGUAGCUGUUUGUGCUAUCACUGAAAUGGAAAACUAUUGUAAUUAUUGCUCAUGUUUAUUGUGCAAUUUGGAAAUAAUGGUCAAUAAUCUACUAAAAUGUCUUCAAGAUUAUUAUUAUCAUGCUUAAGGCAAACUCUCCUGUAAAAGAAAGAAUAGUUGCAUUGCAUAUUGGAAUGUUAGAAUAAUAAUGAACCAGAUCAAAAAAGGAGAUGAUUUUUAAAUUGUGUAGAUUAAAGAAAGGACUAAAGCUGUGUGAGGAAAGGGGCUCCAGGUUCAGAGAGGAGGGUCUGAAUAACAAUGAGUUCCAUGCAGGGAGGAGUAGAAGCUUCUGC